AUGGAAAACUCAAUUGCUAACAUGGAAAAUAUUUUUCUUGAGAUACCUAUUGGAAAUGAUGUUGUGGAAGCUAUAAUCGACUUUGCUAAGAGUCGUGAAGCUAGCAUAGUCGUGAUGAAGGGUUCCGGUCUUGUAUCUGACAUUACCCUUCUCCAAUCAGAUUCUCGUAUCCCAACUUAUAAAUUAGAUGGCCCGUUUAAUGUGUUAUCUCUGGCCGGAGUGUACUUAAAUCCCAAUUGUUGUCGUGUUCCUGAUCAUCUCAUCUAUGAUCCAUUAUGUACUGCUUUUGCCCUUCAACUCUCUGGAUCUCGAGCGCAAGUGUUUGGCGGAGUGAUUGGAGGAAAAAUUAUUGCUGCCAGUGACAUUCAGAUUUCAGCCUCUCUCUUCAAGAGGCCCGAUUUCCUUAGGCUGGUCACCACUAAUGGGAAUGUUCAAGUAUUUGAAGAUGAUGACGUCCCAACAAUUGUUGGUGAUGUUGAUGCCGGUGAUGGUGGUGUUGAUGGCAGUGAAUCUGAAUCUUAA